AUGGUGAGGAAGCGCUUUGUGAAAUGGUCUGCAACGGAUUCUCUUUACGGGUCACGCCAUCUUGCCGAAAAGCUCGAAGAGAGCGGAGAAAUAGAAAAGAUAGAUGUUCUUAUGCUGCUCGAUCUGCUCGGAGCUGCAAAUCCUACUAUACCGAAUGCCAAGGGACUGGGAGCAACCGAGUUGUUCGACUAUUUGCCCUCAAUUGAGAAGGAACUACAUCGCCUCGGCUGUUCUUAUGUAUCUCGUGAUGUAUUCCUCGCACGAAAGACUAGCGCUACUCCGAAGGAUGAUCAUGUUCCAUUUCUGAAUCGAGGAGUACCCGUUCUCCAUCUGAUUCCGAUACCCUUUCCUAAAGUCUGGCAUACGGCAGAUGACAAUGAAAAAGCACUGCAUUACCCUACCAUCUACCACGUGAUGGCUGUAAUUAGAGUGUUUGUAGCGAAAUAUCUAGGAAUCACCAAAUUAUGA